UAAACUAAAAUGUAGGGGAUCUCGGAGCAGCAGUGGGCCCCAGAGGUGAGGUGUGCAGGCCCACCUGUGUGUGGACACGCCCUGACGCCUUGCCAACCACUGUCCCAGCUAUGGGUAAAUAGCAUGGGCAGAUGGGGCUCAUAGCCAUGGAAGGCAACCCAUCUAGGAGAAGGACACUCUGAAAUAAAACCAGGACUGCGAGGAGUUGCGCCCCACGGUCCUUAAUCAGCAUAGUAAAGCCAACCAUGGAGAACAAAGUCAUCCUAAAUCCUAUACUUCCAGCGGCGGGAGUCCGCUGGAACACCGCAACAGAUGGUGGUACUGGUCCUCCUCUGGGAGGACAUUAUGACGACAGGACCUUAAACCCGCAAGGGAGGGUCCUGUCCGAUCACAGCACCCCAUCCAAUGCACUCUUGCGUUGUCGGCGACCAUUUGUAAUGGGAACCUUCAACGCAUGUACAGUGAGAGAAGAAGCUAGACUGGUGGAGCUAGCACACUGUGCUCAGGAGCAGGGAGUGGAGAUCCGGGGAAUCCAGGAACACAGAAGAGUACACACUGAAGACCGGAUCGUGUACCACAGAGUGGUGAGAUGCACGCUCAUCACUUCAUCUGUGUGGCGAAACGAGGCCCAGGCUGCAACAGGGGGCGUAGGGCUAAUGCUGGGUUCUCUGGCACGUAAGGCUCUCCGUCGGGUUUACCAUCACACCGACAGGAUCCUUAUCGCAGAGUUCUCUGGCAACCCAGUAACAACAGUCAUAGUCGUGUACUCACCCACCAACGUGGCACCAUCUGAGGAGGUGGAGAAGUUCUAUGAGGACCUCACAACAUCGGUCCGAGACAUCCCAGCGCACAACUUCCUGGCAAUCCUGGGUGACUUCAAUGCAAGGCUCGGUCCAGAGGACGUACCCUUCCCUUACCACGACUCUACCAAUCGUAAUGGCACGCACCUUACUGCUCUUCUCAUGGAACACCAGCUCCUGGCAGCGAACACCAUGUACAGGAAGAGAGCAGGCAAGCGAUGGACCUUCCGAGACCGAGCCACAGGUACUGUACGUCAGCUGGACUACAUACUUGUGAGGCAAAAGUGGAGGAGCUCCAUCUUGAAUGCUGAACCGUACAGCACAUUCAGCUCUGUGGGAUCUGACCACCGCGUGGUCUCCAUGAGGGUGCGACUGAGCCUCAGGGUCCCCAAGCAAGCCCCAAGAUCCGGCGCAACUGGAAGGCAUUCACAGCUGAUCCUGGCCUGCAAGCCAGGUACACGGAGGAGGUCAGGAGGCGCUUUCAUCAGCUGGACAUGGGAGCUGAGCCCAACAGUGAAUACAUGA